AUGUCUGGCGGUGAAAUAAGUGUGUUCCGUUGCGAGGCAGGACAAGACAGCUCGAUGCCAGCAUGGAAGAGAGAGAUUCUGGAACGGAGAAAAGCAAGAAGCGGAGGUGUAGCUGAGUCUUACUCCAGCGCUGUCAUGACCCGGUUUAACGGUGAGCUAAACGGAGACAUUGUCUCCAGUCCGAUGCCUAACAGAAACUACAGUGUCACUUCGGCUAGCCGGUACUUUUCAGGCAAUCGUAUUUUCACACCAGCCUCCCCGCAGCUAUCGCCGUUUGAAACAGAGAAAGAUACCUGUGCUACCAGCUACCGCUGUGACUUAACCGCAUUGGAGAAGGAUGUAUGUACCGGCACAGGGAAAGAAAGUUCGGUGUUGCGGGACAGUCUGGGUCCUUUACAGGAGAAUCUCUUCAUUAAAAUGGAAAAGGAGCGUAAAAAGCGUCAGGAACAAGAGAAUGCCUCACGGUCCGUUCAACACAUAUUGGAGUUGUAUAGUAAUGUACCUGGCGUUCGGACUAUACGCGCCGAGAAUAUUAUAAUAAUCGAAUCCGACCCGGAUUACUUCCCGGAGCCUCAAGACAUUAAAACUGGGUCCAAGCUGUAUCAGAACGGGAGCUACAGCUCCCCUAACGACCUGUUGGAUCUGAAAGGCACUGCAGUGACUGAGAUACACGCAAAGGAGGUGGUAAUUUACGAUUCUCCAAUGAAAAAAACCAAGGAGCGUUUGAGGACAUUGGGCCGUCGUGGCUCUGACGGGGAACUGGAGAUGCUGGAGGGUCGUGGCAGGGUCAGUCGUAUGCUGCAGAAGUUUGACUGCAAUUAUGACAAGCUCCAGCCCAAGUCCCGCAGCAACGAAAACCUGCUGGACCUAGAUGCCAGCCCUGUCGGGCAGAGAGCUCAACCUAAAGUACAGCCAGACCCAGUGCCAAAGUUUGUGACGCUCCCUAAAUCCAACUUCACAGCUGUCAGUCCAGAAUUUCAGCAGACUCCUCCACAGAUUUCCCAGUCCAAGUCCCAGACUCUGCCUUCUAAUGGGGAGCAGCAGAGUAGCACACCUUGUACCAUACCCACUAGGUCUGUCCCUUCUUCCUCCCAGUUGUACAAGGUGGAAGGGGAAUGUACUGUUCCAGCAGCCUCCCACAAAGGGCCAGAGAGGUCUCAGGCCAUCCCACAGAGAAAGAGGGACCAGGACGUUUUGGACGCCUCCCUCAAACUCAAAGUGCCAAGCUCUCCGGAAAGAGCCCGUGUUUGUGCCGAGUUCCCCACCAAUGUUCCCUCCCUCCGCCCGUCAUCGACAUCCAAAAACUUUGAGAUUCGCCCCGCUCCUCUCCCGGACCUGUCCGCGCUGCCGGCAGAUGACAUCCAGGCACGAGCACUCGCCAACCUGCGCCUGCAGUCCCGCAACUCCUUCACCGUUAUCCCAAAGAGCCGGAUGCCCUCUUCAAACUGCACCAUGCCCGUUAGCCCUGCUCGAGCUCCUCCCUCUUCCUGCCUGCCCCUCCAGCCGGAGACCCAGGCCGCAACAGUGCCAACAUCCACGGCUCCUGCCACGCCUCUGCUCAAUCCGAGCUCCCCAAAAACACAAGCGGGGGGGGUGGUCGUCAGGCAAGCUAUAGAAGUAACAUGCCCUAAGCCAGAUCCCCCAGCAGCUCCUGAAGCCUCCCUGUCUGCGUCUGUAGAGCCUAUACCUAACCUUCCUGUGCAGGUGCCAGAGGCCCCACCGGCAGAUCGCCUGCCAGUCACUAACAUUGACGAUGUGGUUGUGGAGCACCCCCACGCUGCCGCAAAUGCUGUGCUGCUCACCCGCAAGGGGAACACGUUCAAAGUGGUGCCUAAGCGUAGGCCCGGCCCCCACCCAGGUUCUCCAGAGCCCCCAGAUCCCGCUGAUGACCAGGAGAAUGUCAUUCAGCCCCCCAAGCCUGCCCCCUACGCUCACCUGGGAUCUCUACUGAAGAAGCGCUACCCCAGAGUGGAAGAGAUCGAGGUGAUAGGUGGAUACCUUUCCCUUAGCCGCUCUUGCCUUUCCAAAAGUGGCUCCACUCGCAAGAAGCUGAAGAUUUCAUUCAAUGAGUCAAGUCUCCACAGCACCUUUGAGUACCCAUCAGAGAGCAGCCUGUGGGACAGCGGUGAGGGUGAGAAUGAAGAAGAGGAAGGGGAGAAGGGGGACACUGUCACUGAGAGAUUCCUCAUCCCCCGUCCCAGCUAUGUCACCUCCCCCACUUUCACAGCCAAUACCAUCGAUCUCUCCAGUUACACCCCCAAGCACUCUGUGGAUUUCAGUGCCUGGCAAGAACACAAGCAUGAGAAUCAUGGGAUUCCUGUGGAUUCCAAUACUGAAAGUGCUGAGGUGUCCCUUCAGGAAGAAAUGCUUACUCCAGCUGACAGCUCCUCCCACUCAGGCUUCAUCAGUGACCCAUCUCUGUACUUCUGAUUGGACCAUAGCACACCAGCCAGACACCCAGUGCCAGCCAGGAGCCACGCUGUGUGCCACGUGAACCACUGCAAACCUCAGCAGCCACUCCACCUGAGAGAACUGUCAGAACUGUAACAGCACAGCUGUGAUGCAGGCCAUUUCAGGCCUUAGCUCAACUGCGUAGUGCUAGCCAGUCAGCGCCCACUAAAAAGCAGACUCAUAAUCCAAAGCACUUAUAUGUAUACUGAGCCCAGGUCACCCAUAAAGUGCAAGUGCUUAAAGGAGACCCGUGAAAAGUUGACUUUAUACUCUGUGAACAGGUUUCAUUCACUAAAGUCACAAAACACCCAACCCUUGAAAAAUAUGUAGCCAACACCAUCUGGAAAGGUUUGCUGAGGUCUACACAGGUCAUGGUUCAAUCUAGAUCAAACUGGUUCUGCUAGGGUUUUCCUUCUAAACCAACCCUAGAAAGGUAAGAGUGUAGGGUACUGUAAGUAAAAAAUAACCAAAACCUUCAAACAUAGCCAGAAAGCCAGGGCUUACACAGAUGAAGACAUUGUGGGAUUCAGCCUUGUUCCAAGAGAAUAGACAAAACAAAAAACGAAUUAAUGGAGGGGGACAAAAACUAACCACUUUUAUACAUUUCUAGAGGCUGUGAUUGUGAAAGGGUGCCACAAUCUUCGUGUCAUUUCUGUAUCGGUCAGUUUCACUCCCCAUUCAGUUUGACCACAAACACAUACUUCUCGACUGCUUGUAAUUUUUUUUGGUUAUGUGAUUCUAUGUUUUAUAUCAGAUG